AUGAGACUUGCCCUGCUGUGUGGGCUGCUGCUGGCUGGUAUUACUACAACCCAGGGAGGGCUUCUGAACCUGAACAAGAUGGUCAACCACAUGACGGGAAAGAAAGCUGCCUUCAACUAUUGGCCCUACGGCUGUCACUGUGGACUUGGUGGCAAAGGACAACCCAAAGAUGCCACAGACUGGUGCUGUCAAAAACACGAUUGUUGCUAUGCCCACCUGAAGAUGGAUGGAUGCAGGAGCCUGACAGACAAUUACAAAUACAGCAUUUCCCAGGGUGUUAUCCAGUGCUCUGACAAAGGGAGCUGGUGCGAAAGGCAACUGUGUGCUUGUGACAAGGAGGUGGCCUUGUGCCUGAAACAAAACCUGGACAGCUUCAACAAGCGCCUGCGUUACUACUGGCGGCCCCGCUGCAAAGGCCAGACUCCCACGUGCUAG